AUGCUUAAACAUUUCAUAGACCCUUUCUAUCCUCCCAUCGAGGAGCGUUCGCCGCUACCGAUCCUAUAUACGCCCGGGGCAUUCGUGGUACUGGUAUUCGGCUAUGCAAUAGGACCCAGCCCAAUCCGGACAACUACCAUCAGCUUAUUGCUAAUCCUCUUCGCUCUCCAGAGGCCAUGCUACACCAUCGGUAACGCAGCACAAGACUAUGGCCUUUCCGGUUGGUUUAUUGUUUUCUUACUAUUAUUCCUGGACUUUAGUUCUACGAAUCCGCGCUGGGUAGGCCAAAUAGAUGAAUCCUCAUCGAGAAAAGAUAAAAAGGGUAUCGCACGGUACGAUCCCGAGACGUGGCCGCAACGCCUCUCGUGGGCGCUCCGCCUAGCCACGACUCUACGUGGCAUUGGAUGGGAUUGGCAGGUCAAGAGCGUACCGGGGCAUUUGGAGUCAAACGCAUCACGCUUACAAUUUGUCGGCAAGAGGGUGCUAGACCUCGCCCAACAUGCUUUGGUGAAGUUAAUAGUACUUUACAGCAUCGGGUUUUGCGAGGCAAUCCACCAGAAAGCACCAUCAUCAUCGCCGUGGAAUAGUUGGCUUCUUAGAGCUGUUGAAAAUUGGUGUGGCGCAAUAUGGUCUUGGAAUGCGGUCGGUAUUGGGUACGCGGUCAUAUCGAUCAUUGCCGUCCUCUUGGGUAUCUCUGAGCCCUGGGAGUGGCCACCAAUAUUGAAUUCGGUGGCGAUGGCCACGAGUGUGAGGAAUACGUGGAGUGUUGCGUAUCAUCAACUCUUACGUAGGACUGUGCAGCAACCUGGUAUCAGACUCGCACGACUCCUUGGUUUUAAGAAAGGCUCUAUCCCUUCUCGCUAUAUUCAACUUUAUUUAGCAUUCUACAUCAGCUUUUUCAUUCACUGGUGGCAGCAGUAUGUGAUAACACGUGGGGAUAAAGGAGAAUUUGCUUUCUUCAUGAUACAACCCAUAGUUAUUACUCUCGAGGAUUUUGUUCAAUGGGUUUGGAGAAAUACCAUAAAUCCUAAACGAAAGCAGGAUCUUCUCUGGUUCGAGCUUGCUAUUGGAUAUGUGUGGACAUUUACCGCUUUCGCGUUCACUUUGACGCCUUUUGUAAAGGGGAUGGUAGCAACAGGAAUUAUUGGGGGCAGCCCGGAGGAGGCUAUGGCGAUUUCACUUGGGCAGCGACACGGUGCCAAAUACUUACAGCAUUGA